CCAGGCUCAAAACAGAAUGGUACAUCAUGAUUAUAGUUCUAUCAUAAAACUUUACAUUAUUAAAUGUUGGCUGCGUACCUGAGGGAAAAAGGGCUUUUGACUAGAGAUCUUAUAGAUAAUUACCUAUUUUUAUACAAAUUCUUAACGCACUUAAAACUUAGAUUGAACUUGUGUCGUGAUAUAAGCCGUAAUUGCGCCGUGGCAAUUACGGAUCCGCCUUUGUCAUCACAACUUGUAUUAACGUUGUUGCAGCCUACUGUUGCCUUAGGCCUAUUAAUCAUCUAGAUAGUCAACGGUGGGUAAUUGCUAGCAGUAGUGGGCAGACGCAAGUAUGUGUCGCAUGCGUUAUUGAAAUUUGGGGCAUGAGAAUACAGCUCCCUGAGUUGUGCGAGUAUGUGCUUUAGGAAGUAAACUGUACUAGACCACUUUCAGAGAGAAAGAAGACGGACUUUCACCGCUGAAAACGACACAGCCUUAUGGCUCUAAUGUGAUGCUCGGCCUGCUGUUGUAUGACGUAGGGGAUCGUGUGGGAGCGGACCAUCGCGUGCACGUUCGCACGAAGCAAGUGUUGCCCUCAGUCUCCAGGUGAGGGGAACCAAUGGCAAGUCGGGUAUAGGUUUCCGGAACAGCAAGCCUAAUAAGGGCGGGGAAAUACCUACGACUGCAUAGGUUAGAUGAUAAAUAACGGAGGCCGUUCUGCCAAUUUACUCAUAGCAACG